AUGUCGUUUACAGGAGGUAUAAAUGUGGUAUUGAACCAGCAUUACUCCACAUCAAAACAUAACCCAUCAGCAUGUUCCAAGUUGUCACAGUCGAACCGAACAGGGAAGCUGAUAAUGAUGGGCUAUAUCGCUCUUGGACUCACCAUUCCUUUUAUAUUACCUCUUCAGAAGAGUCUGAAGGUGGAAAAUGUGAAACAUGCCCCUCCACAGAUUGGAAUAUGA